UAAGCAAAACGGAGCAGAUUUCAGAUCACUUCGAUUUUAAAAGGGUAGGAAGAGAGGGACACUGAAAAGAGAUGCCCGCGCUUUGUUACUAGAAAGGGGAGAACCGCUCAACCAGACGCGAUAGAGAGUGAGAGAAAGAGAGAGAGGCCGAAGCUUUUGAGAUCAUCUUCUGAUAGUUUGAGAGAUGUCGAGAUGGGGAAAGAGGAAGGACGAAGGGGGCUUCGCCUCCGAUGGUGACUCCGACCAUGGUGGUGCUCCGGCCAAGAAGAACGCCCGGAAAGGCUCUGAUGACUCCGACGAUAUUGUCGUUUGUGAUCUUUCGAAGACUAGGAGAGUCAAAGUGAGGAACUUUCAAGGGAAGAUUAUGGUCGACAUCCGUGAGUUUUACUACAAAGAUGGAAAAGAAUUGCCUGGGAAAAAAGGCAUUUCAUUGAGCAUGGAUCAGUGGAAGGUACUUCGGGAUCAUGCGGAUGAAAUUGACAAUGCGGUCAUGGAGAAUACUUAGGCUGUGACAAGGAUUUUUUUGGGGCGUUUCUGUCACACUCCAAAAGAAAUGGGAAAGAUGCAACUUUUUGAUAGAUCACUGUACUGUGAAUGUUUUUGUGAUUAAGUAGGUAUCUCUAACUGGAUUUCUCAAUUAACCAUAGUCGUUUGGUGGAUGGAACCAUUUGUUUGUAGUAUUAUAGUUGGGGAACUUAGUAGUCACUGCCUGUCUUUGGUCAAAGUGGUAACUGUCCUCUAAUUUGAGUCAUAUUUCUC